UGCAUUCACUCAGCAUUUCUUGAACAUGGUAUCUGGGAAACUCUUAUUUAUGGACAUUACAAUUACUUGCUUACCCUUAAGUGUACCACACAAAUUAGAAGCACAGAUACAUAAAAUAAAUAAUUACUCAUCAGUUUUAUAAUAAAAAUAUCGAGUAUCGGAGAAAUGAAAGCAGUAACUAACUCUGCUUGGGAAAGGCUUUUCGGCACUAGCUGUCACUUUGUUUUGUUUUUUGGGUUUUGGGUUUCGGCCAUACCUGGCGAUGCGCAGGGGCUCUUCCUGUCUCUGCUCAGGAGAGUCCCUGCUCAGAAGCCAUGUGUGAUGCCAGAUAUUUGAACCAGUGUCAGCACCUUGCGAGGUAAAUACCUACCUCCUGUACUAUCUCUUUGGCGCCACUCUUCCUCAUCUGAAAGGUGAUAGAAAUAGAGCAUGCUUCAGUAGUCCAAGAAAUGAGUAUCUUCUGUGAACCAAGUACAGUUGUAGCCACUGUACCCACAGUUGUAAACAAGACAGAGUUGCUGUUCUGUUGGCAACAGAAAAAGAGACAAUGAACAGACAAGUAAAUAUGUAAAGCUGUGAUGUCUGCUCAUACAAAAAAAUUAGGCAGAUUAAUAAAAGGGAAUGACAGAGGGUACUGUUUGAGAGAGAGUGAUGAGGGGAGGCCUUUCUGAUGAGAUGACAUUUGAGCAGACCCCAGCAUGGUGUGGAAGAAAUAGGACCAAGAGACAGAGGAAGCCAUUCAGGACAGCAGGGAUAGCGUGGAUAAGGGCAACAUAGCCAUGAGAACAUCUUCGGGGGGUAAGUUAGAAAAUGCCACGGAGGAAAGGAAUGGCAUUUUCUUCUUACAUGGAGUAAGAUGAAAUCCAGGGAGCUGGCAUGAGUGUAGUAGGUGAGGGUAGGCAAGAAGGAAGGAGAGGAGAAACCAAACAGCGGGAAACCAGAUGGUCCCUGCUCUGGAAUUUAUGUGCCCACAUGGUGGCCUGGGGUAAGAUUUCAGUGCUGGAUCUUGGGGUAAAAAGGUUUAAGAGGGAAAUGGCGUGGUUAGGGUUUUGGUUUUGGCCAGCUUAGGUUGGGUUUGGAUUGGUUUCAUUUUUGAAAAAAGAUUUCUAGUCACAGUAUGCAAGAUGAAUAAAUAAGCUAUCAUGUCAGUGAGAAAUUAUAGUGGGCAGAUUAAAAUAAUCAAAUGAAUAUCAUUUAGAUGUCUUGCAUCUAUGUAACAUUUGAUGCCCUAUAGCUUAAAAUAAAAAAAAGAAAAAGAAAGUCGAAGAACAGUAUCCUGGGUGUAAACUUGGAGGCCAAGUGGGGAAUGAUGCCGCUAACCAGCCCCAGAAGCUCAGGGGGAGAAACAGAAAUCGAAAAACAGAUAUUGAAUCUGAUUUGGAGCAGUGAGAUAUGCACACCUGGGCAUUAGAAGAGAAAAAGGCUAAAAUAAAUAUUCAUCUGUACCAGAAUUUCAUGAAAAACGUUUAAAAGAGAGGGAGGGAACCAGAAAAGGACUUAGAAAAGUUCUAUGGGAUGAAGAUUUUUCAAGGGCCACUGAAUUUGACCUGUGGAAGGUCACUGAUAAUUUCAAGAAGACCCAGGUCUGUAGUUGGGUGAGGCAGAGCUAAAUGGUGGUUGAGUUGGAAAGUUAAUUAAGUUGGAGAUUAUCCAGUCACGGUCACUGUCCUCCCCACUUUUAGACAAAACUCUCCCCUGGAUGAUUUGAAUAUAUAGUCAGAACUUCUGUUCCCCACUUCUCAACUUUCUCCACCCAGAGCCUAGAGUUGGUUGUUUGAGCUAAGUGACCUGAUGGAGGAAUGGGUGUUCUGAUGGGUCUCGGCUGGAAGAGGGGCCAGGGAGAGGAACCUAGUGUCGCAGGGAGGUCCAGUGGGGAACAACAGGAUCUGCCCAUCCAGAGUCGGUACCCAGAGAGAGAUAGAGAGAAAUGUGAAAUUCCUAGUUCUCUGUUGUAUACUGCUCUUGCAAGCUGAGUUAAGAGGGGGAUCAUGGGAUCAGUCAAGAAACUGGACUCAGUAAAAUACAAAAAAGAAAGACAAUGGAAUCUGGCCAAGUGUGGGGGUGGGGGAUAGAACCUGAUAGCAAACUGAUAUUAACUAGAAAUUCAGACAGGGAUACUCAGGUUUCUUAGGGCACAGGGACUGAAGACCCACAAAGGAGCAUGUUGUGGCCAUAAAGUACUUGUGAUCACCAAGAUAGCAGUAAAGGAGGGGCUCGUGAAUGGAACAGUGCCGAGCAGACUCGUGUUGAAAAUCUCUUUGUAAAGUCAGGAGUGUCAGAUAAUGUGUCGGAAAGGGAUUAGGUACUAGCAAUACUGAAGAGCUGAAAGUAAACGCCGGGAGUCCCCUCUGGUAGAGAGAGAGUGGGGUUAUUGACUAAGGGAUCGCUGGCAGAUUGGAAGCACAAACCCCAAGAGGAAGACUUGCACUUUUCAGGAAGUUGGAAGCUAAGUUCAGCUUAGGGGUCCCACACCGUCAGCUUAGGGGCCCAGGGGGGAAUUACCACUCCCCACCCUGCUCACAGGGCUCGGGGCUGUUUCUCCCGGCAGCACUGCCAUCUCCGCCCACUGGGGGGCAGGGCUCGAGGGCGAGGCUGGUGGCUGUUCCGACGCCUCGACGCCUCGAGAGUCAGCAGUUCCUACCAGACUCCCUGCUCUGGGUGCCGUCCUAGCCGAUGGCCAGCUGCGGGCCGUCGGACUUCCACCCCGGGCCCAGCAGUGGCGGGGGCGAGCCGGGGGUCCCAGUGCAGAUGCGGGUUGACUCUCCGCUCUGGUUGAGCGGCCCUACAAGCCCUGGCAAGCCAACGGGCCGACCUGGGGUCGUGCCAGGGCUCCCCCGGGCUCCUGAGAUGUGGGGAAUGCCCCCGGGUCCUCCACUGUGCGAGUUCCAGGGACGGAUGGGGCCUUGCGGCCCCCUGGUCAGAGUCGGUGAGGUGGGGGCCAGGUUCCCGAGCCCCUCGGACGGCGCCUUCCCCAGCCCCUGCAUCGUGGUGCGGUGCCUCCCCAAGUUGGCGCCGCCCGAGGACAUCAGCAGCAUCGAGAAGGAGCUGGAGCAGCUGGCCAGGGAGCUGAAGCUCAAGAGGAUGACCCUGGGCUACUCGCAGGCCGACGUGGGCUUCGCCGUGGGCGCGCUCUUCGGCAAGGUGCUCAGCCAGACCACCAUCUGCCGCUUCGAGGCCCAGCAGCUCAGUCUCGCCAACAUGUGGAAGCUGCGCCCGCUCCUGAAAAUGUGGCUGGAAGAGGUGGAGAGCGAGAACCUUCCAGGCUUGUGCAGAAUGGAGAUGAUCCUGCGGCAGGCUCGGAAGCAGAGACGGGCCAGCCGGGAGAGACGCAUCGGGAACAACCUGGAGAAGCUCUUCCUGCAGUGCCCGCGGCCCACCCCGCAGCAGAUCAGCAGCAUCGCGGGGCAGCUGCGCCUGCAGAAGGACUUGGUCCGGGUGUGGUUCUCCAGGCGCAGCCGCAUGGGCAGUUGGCCCGCCGAGGCCGGCUUCGCGCCCGCGGACGUGGGCGCGCCCGCGCUCCCUUUCCCAGGGGCCCCAGUCUGCUUUCCCCUGGCCCCGGGGCUUCACCUGGCCUCCUGCCCCUACGGGGGAGCCUUUUUCACACCCUUGUACCCCUCCAUCCCAUUCCCUGUGGGAGGAAAUCCCGGCGCCCCGGCCCCCUCCCUGGGCCUCCCCAGACUUUCAAGUUAAGGGAACUGCCCCAGCUGGGGAGGGCCAGGCUGGAGAGGAGCG